AUGCUGGCUAUCGUGUUGUCCCCAGCUGUACCGUGUGCAUUCUGCCCAUCGCUGCGUCGAGCUGAACUAUAUAAAUGCACUGCUGUGGUCCACACAGCCCCACGGGCCGGGGCAUUGGCUCGUGCGCACCACCAAAUUUCCGUGUUGGGCGACUGCGGGGAGCGCCUACCUGAGCGCUCCUCUACCGUUUACACUCGUGAUGACUGUCGUUGGUGCCGUCUGUACGGCUUGGCGUGGUGGACGGCGUUGCUUCUGGCGGCUGCAUCUCUGCUGGUCACGUUAUAUGGGGAACGUCACUACGCCGAGGAAAUACAAGCCUUACAGCCUCUCCUCAAGGAUUACACACCUUCGCCGUGUUCGCCACUUCCGCAGAACGACGGCAAGCUCAUCCACAUAGACUGCCCCAUUACGGCGAUGGACCUCUUCUACCCCCCUGCUGCCUUUGCCCCGAACCUCUCCCAGUUCAGUGGCAUUUUCUUCGAAAUACGGGUGGAGAUGUUUCAGCACGUUCAUAAAAUAGGCGCAGUGGGGCCUUACUUUUUCGCACAGUGGGCUGAUCACCUGGCUCUAAUACUCACGCUGACGACUGCGGUGUGCACACGCUUUGUUCGGCUCGUUGCCGACUACGUACUGAUUAAAGGAAAGCUCACGAGACAUGCACAGUUGCGACCCGACGUAAA